AUGACCCCUCCUCAGCUCAUGCAAGACGUUCUGCUAGGCACCAUGCCCCGUCGGUCUAUGCAAGCUCGCGAGGCCAUUGUGUUGGAGCCAUGGGACGUAACAGGGAAGAUGGUUGUGUACAGUGGUGCAGGGUACUGCAAGCUGGCUUUGCGGUUCUUGUCGUCUUCCCUUCGAUUUUCAGCAUACAAUGGCUCUGACAUAGUCGGCAUAUUGAGCCAGGCUAACCUUGACAGGGUCCGGCAAUGUCGGACAGUACCAGAAGGAUCAGGGCCUAUACCUGAAGAGAUUGCCGCUGUCAACAAGAUAAUUUACACGAUCGAGAACGUCUUCGUCAACGUCUUUCAGUGCGUACCUGUCCGCAAGUUCUGGGGACCUCAAACUCAAGGCCACUGCAUUUUCUACGGCCCUUUCCUUGCCGUUAAUAAGUCAGCUAACUCUCUUAUUGACUUUGUUUUAGUGAUACAAGCGGUGAUUAUGCUGUGGAGCAUUCAGACGGACAAGAAGACAAAAUGGAGACUAUUAAUUGUCUUCACGAUUGGCGGCCUUGCUGGUGUCAUUGGCUUCGUCAAAAUCGGCACAGGCCUGGCAGCCUGUGUUGUUGUUGGCAAUCAAUACAUUCUAGGCGUAUGGGCUAGCGUUUAG